AAACCAUUUAGAAAGAAAAGCAUCUUUCUUUAUUCCGACAACUACUGUACUACUUUAUUCUCGCCUUGCCGCCUUGCUUCCGAAUCGAAUUUAAAAAUGCUUGAAACCAACGCGGGGACAAAAUGCUUAGCCCUCACUCCCACAUGAAGAUCCGAGUCAUGCCAAAGACAACUGAGUCAAUUCGGAAUCUCUGCAAAUCGACGCUAUAUUUGUUCCUCACAUUUGUCUCUCCUUUCAUUUUGUAUCGCUGCAUUCGCUUCCUUUCAAUGUAUUCGUCUUCGUCUACUUCCGCUCCCAAAACCGACGCCGAAAUUCUCCGUCGUAAACGAAUUGAGAAAAGCAAGCUCUAUUUUGAUAUAACUACCCCCAAGGUUCCGAUUAUCUAUUCGUCUUAUUACGAUAUCAGGUUCUUCGGAAUUGAAAAACUGCAUCCGUUUGAUUCUUCAAAAUGGGACCGAAUACGCGGGUUCCUGAUAUCGGAAGGUCACCUAGACAAAAACUCUAUUGUUGAGCCAUUUGAAGCUUCAACAGAUGAUCUACUUGUGGUGCAUACAGAAGCAUACUUGAAUAGCCUGAAUAACAGUGUGAAUGUUGCCAUGAUAACCGAGGUUCCUCCUUUAGCAAUAUUACCCAAUUGGCUUGUUCGGAUGAAAGUUCUUUCUCCGUUCCGGAGGCAGGUGGGUGGAACUAUUCUGGCAGCUAAGCUCGCGAAGGAGCAAGGAUGGGCUAUCAAUGUUGGAGGAGGGUUUCAUCAUUGUUCUAGUGGAAGGGGAGGUGGAUUUUGUGCAUAUGCAGACAUUUCUCUUUGCAUUCAUUUUGCAUUUUUUCGGUUCACAAUAUCAAGGGUGAUGAUAAUUGAUCUAGAUGCGCAUCAAGGAAAUGGUCAUGAAAUGGAUUUUGCUGGUGAUGGGCGUGUGUAUAUUUUGGAUAUGUACAAUCCUGAUAUAUACCCAUUUGAUCUAACUGCUAGAAAUUAUAUUAAGCAGAAGGUUGAAGUAGCGACUGGGACAACAACGGAUGGGUACUUGAAGGAAUUAGAUAAAGCACUUCGGGUAGCUAGGGAUAAUUUUGCCCCUGAGUUGAUUAUUUACAAUGCUGGCACCGAUAUCCUUGAUGGAGAUCCACUGGGUGGAUUAAAGAUUAGUCCAGACGGGGUAGCCCAAAGAGAUGAGAAGGUCUUCAGGUUUGCUCGUGAGAGAAACAUCCCUCUUGUCAUGGUCACUUCAGGUGGUUAUAUGAAAACCAGUGCCCGAGUCGUAGCAGAUUCCAUAAUAAACCUCUCAAGGAAACGCUUGAUAGAUCUGUCCCCUCGCUAUGGAAGAAGAUAAACCUGAGAUAAACGCUUGAUAGGCCCCUUUGCUAUUAUACACAGUCUAUGAUAAACGCCAUUUCCUCUGAAUGAUUUCAAGGCACGAAUUCAGCUUUCCUCUUGAGUUUGUAAAUGGAACGAUCCUUAACUAUAUAACCAAGCAAUAAGGGUAAGAAAUUAGGAAAAAGUACGAGUUGUAGCAAUAAUACUCGUGAUUGUGUCGGGUGGUUCUUUUGCUGGGUAGUUAACCUUGCAGUUGCGUCCGAUAAUCUACACAUAGAUUGGUUAAGAUCAUAGAAAGUUGUAAUGUUCAUAAUUUUGCGUUGUUUGCAAGGCAAUACCGUAGGAUUAGCUUUGCCCCUACUUGUCUUCCUCGACGCCUAGGGUUAUUGAAUAACUGAUAAAUAAAGAAGCUUGUUUCAUGACUAAAAGUUUGUAAUUACAAAGUUGUAGCAUAGCUCAUUUAACA